CAAUCUCCCCGGUCAUUUGUUUUGGAAUUGUGUUUUGAUAAUAUAACCUUUUCUGAAGGGUUCGCUACUUUUAGGUGAAACCCUUUCCUGAAACGUAUGAUGUUGGCUUACCCCGAACCCAAUAAGCCUUAACUUCCGUUAAACAAAAUUAGAAAAAAAAAAUACUAUAUAAUUGGACCUAAUUGUCCGUAAUUUGAAAAUUUAUUUUAAAGUUUAUCAUUCAUAAAUUGUCCUUCGCUUGAAAUGAAACUUUCUACCUUCGCUAUUGGAUCUUUAACUUUGUUGGGCUCUGCUCAAGCUGUCCAAGACAGCUAUUAUGAAAUCGAAAAGCGUAAUAUCGCUCAGAUUGUUCCUAGAGAUGAAAGUGCUUCUGCAAAUUAUAGUUUAAUUUCUUCUGCUCCUCCUUCUACCACUACUGAAAUUGGUACUACCGUUAUCACUAUCACUAGUUGUGGAAGUGAACACUGUACUCCAAUUACUACUGGGGUUGUUACUGUUACUGAAGAAUACACUACUUAUACUACUUAUUGUCCAUUACCUUCUACUUAUAUCCCAAGUAGUACUGCAGAAAGUAGUAGUUCUUGGAUUCAUCCUCCGGAAAGUAGUAGUUCUUGGAUUCAUCCUCCUAGUUCUUCUGCAACUGAAACUGAAAUUUCAACUACUGUUAUUACUGUUACCAGUUGUGAAAGUGAACAUUGUACUCCAAUUACUACUGGUGUGACUACUGUUACCGAAGAACACACUACCUAUACCACCUAUUGUCCGUUACCUUCUGAAACUACUACACCAGUUGAGUCUUCUAAACCAGUUGAAUCCACUACUCCAACUGAAGCUCCAACUACUAAAGCUCCAACUACUGAAGCUCCAACUACUGAAGCUCCAACUACUGAAGCUCCAACUACUGAAGCUCCAACUACUGAAGCCACUACUCCAGCUGAAGGAACCACCCCAGCUGUGGUUCCUCCAGCAGAAGGUACCACUCAACCAACUUCAGUCGAAGCGGAAACCAAGACUCCUAGUGAAGCUACUGGUGCCACCCCAACCACCCCAACCACUGAAGCUACUUCUCAACCAACCACCGUUGCUGCUGAAUCAACCAGUCCAACUGCUGUUCCAGAAGUUUCUACUGCUGAAGAAAAUGCUGCUGCAAACAAGGCUGUUGGUGCUGCUGCCGGUCUUUUCGCCCUUGCUGCCUUUAUUAUCUAAUGAUGUUUUCUAUUGGUAUAAUUUCUUCUAUUUCGUACUUUUUUUUUUU